AUGGGGAAGCCUCCAGCUUACAUCUUUGUCGUAAGGCAUGGCAACCGACUCGACGUAGUUGAUAAGAACUGGGUCCUCACCUCAGCGACUCCUUACGAUUCACCCUUAACCUAUGGCGGAUGGCUUCAGGCUAGAACGGUCGGCGGCAAAAUCGCGAGUAUUAUAACCCAGGCCGAAGCAGAGUACGAGGCCGCAAGGAAUGGAAAUCCAGAAGGAGAACCACCUCCCGGAUCGAAAAAGCGGAAACCCAAACGGCGCCUCUUCAAGGUCGCUUUACACAGCUCGCCCUUCCUACGAUGUAUUCAGACUGCCAUUGGAAUUAGUGCCGGACUACGUGAGCCCCCAGGCACGCCGGCUCCAUACCCUCGCCAAACGCGUUCAAACAGUGCCGCCUCAGUGCAUUCUAUUUCGCGACCUCCACCCCGCCGUUCAACGGCCUCUCCUGUUGCUUCACCAAUCUCCGUGGAUCUUAACCUGGAUGGAAACCAGAAGUUCGACCACCGCCUGUUUCCUAAAACUGUGCUCCGCCUUGAUGCAUUCCUCGGUGAAUGGCUGUCGCCUGAGUAUUUCGAGACCAUAACGCCGCCUCCUUCAUCGUCGGCAAUGCUUGCCGCAGCCAAGGCUGAUUUGCUGCGGCGAGAGGACUACACCAGAUAUUCCGACCCAGGACUCCGAGCUAAGCCUGCGGCGAACAACAAUCAGCUAUGGCAAAAGAAAGACGAGGAUAGUUAUGCGGUGAAGGGCCCUCUCAAUACGAUAGGCAGCUUGGCUAACGCCCUAUCCGACGCGGCACAGCCGCAAACGCGGAUACCACAAGUUGGAUACGUCGCGCCAGUCCCCCACUACGCUAUAUCCAAUGACUGCAAGAUUCCGGAAGGCUACGUCGCUCAUGCCCGCGAUGCGUGUGUUACCGUGGACUAUGCGUGGGACUCGACUGGCCCGCCGUUGAAUUUUGGCGAUGGUGGGAUCUACGGCGAAGAAUGGACCGCAAUGCAUAAACGAUUCCGAAAAGGUCUUCAGGAGCUGGUUGAUUGGUAUGGUAGUUGCGACAACCCUACCGAGCUCAACUGGAGCUUUUCAUCGGACUCGGCUGCCAACGGCAAAAAGGGCGCGGAAAAUAGAGUGCAAAUGAUUAACGGACACAUGGGCGCAAAAGGGACGAAUGGUCAUACACAUGUCGCGGGUGCUGCGACGAAACCAGAGGAUGGGGAGGAUGAUGAGUACGAGGAAGAGUCUGUUGUCAUCUUGGUUUCUCAUGGUGCUGGUUGCAACGCUCUGAUCGGUGCGAUUACCCAUCAGCCCGCUCUUAUGGAUGUCGGUGUGACAUCCAUUACCAUGGCUGUGCGCAAGUCGGACGGAUAUGAGAUUGCUGAACCCAGUUGGAGUCAUCUUCACUACGAGAGCGAAAACGGCGGGGGCUCGGCCGGAACGCCGCGAAACACUCCUCCCGUUCAUCUAGCCUACGAUCUUCAUAUGACCGCUAGCUCAGACCACCUUAGAGGGGCUCCGACCGGUCCAGCUUCGCCCACACUGGGAGUCCAUCAUCCAUCGAGGUCUUCCUCCAUGGGUGGCGGGUUUCGCGGACGUGUUAAUACCAUGUCCUCGACCGAGUCGCCGAUACUUCGACCUUUCACAUAUGCAGACUCAUUCAACCACAUCGGAAGUGCAAGCCGACGCAGUUCGGCGAGCGCGUCCCUCGGCUUCGGUCCUACGAGGCGGACAUCCAAGCCAUCCAAUCUCUCGACCGACCCUCUCACACCCGGAAGUGGCUUGAUGACUUUCCCUUCGCCGAUAUCGGCUCACACUCGCACGUCGUCCUUGGGUCUCUGGUCUCCCGUCAAGGACGUCGAAGAUGAAGAUGACUACUUUCCGGAUUUCGACAACAAGCGGUUUGAGAACCGUACGAUUAAUAUGACCAGCACCGGCCAGGAGUCGACGGCUGCUGCCACCGAGGAUGGAGGUCUUAAUUUAGACUUGUCGUCGUCGGCGAUUCUGCCGGACACACCGCCCAGUAGAUCACUGCGGCCUUCGAGACAGGCGUCCGAGGCAUCGGAUGACUAUAUGGCUGCGCAGCUCGGCUUCACGUCGACGGGUGGAACGGGCGGUCUAUGGUCCGCACCUCGGGCUGAGCCUAGAAGGCGUUGGACCGUAAAUGAGAGGUGA